GAACCCCAUGGAAGUACAUAUGUGGACGUAAAUAAUUUAGUACCACUCGGUCCUCUGUCUCUGGGUUCACAUGUUCAACAUCAGUCAAGUCAAGUGAUGCUCUACCGGCAUACUCUACUCUUUAGCUGCUUGAUUCCAGGUUCUCUGAACAAACCUAUCUCUGCUGUGCGAAUGCAUGUUGAUCCCUCCAGUGCUUUUCCAAUGCAGAGCAAAUGAAGCUCGUUCUAAACACUUAUAUGUGGCUAGUCUCUCUGACCCACAUCAGAAUAAGUUUAAAGGGCUCGGUGUGACACAGUCCACUUUCUUACUCCACUGGGGUAUCUGGUGUCCGGCGGGUAUCAGCUAACUGUUCUGCCUCACCUGACACCCGACAAAGGCACCUUUAUAAGUCAGGUCAUGUGACCAGUGGACUCUACAGGACUGUGUCCAGAUCUUCGCUGGUUUGCAGUUGAGCGUACCCGGUCCUGCAACAUGACGUACAUCGCCAAGACGUUCUAUGACCUGCGCGCCACCACCUUGGAAGGGGACUCGGUGGACUUCAACGUCUACCGAGGAAGGGUGGUGCUCAUCGCGAAUGUAGCCUCACUCUGAGGGACCACCACCCGGGACUUCACCGAGCUCAACCAGCUGCAGAGCAGGUACCCUCAUCGGCUGGUGGUCCUCGGGUUCCCCUGCAACCAGUUUGGUUACCAGGAGAACUGUUCCAACAGUGAGAUCAUGAACGCGCUGAAACACGUGCGACCAGGAAAUGGCUUCGAGCCCGUCUUCACCAUGUUUGAGAAGUGUGACGUGAAUGGAGCGAACACACACCCAGUCUUUGCCUAUUUAAAGGACAAGCUGCCGUACCCUGACGACGACCGGGUCUCUCUUAUCCAGGACCCCAAGUUCCUGGUGUGGAGUCCGAUCAGCCGGAGUGAUAUCUCCUGGAACUUUGAGAAGUUUCUGAUCGGGCCGGAGGGAGAACCAUUCAAAAGAUACAGCAAAAAAUUCCCGACCAUUGACAUCGAGCCCGGCAUACAGAGGCUGCUAAGACUGACCAAGAACUAGGAAAAGUGUUCAACUGUGUUCAUGUGACUACUCUGGAUCUCUGGAAACACGUCAUAACCCUGUGGAGGCCUCUGUCUUUCUUGGAGUUUAUUAAUGAAGGUGAUAUCCUAAAUUAAAUGUGGGUAUAACCUGAAGUCUUAUAAACUUGAAUAAAUAUGGAAAUGCCUU